GAGGCAAGUCGACCUCAGACUUCACUCUAGCAACUUCCGCCGCCGCUGCCGGACACGACCUUGACCUUCCAAACUCCGGUGAGCCUCCAAAUGGCCCGCCGCCUUCUCCAUCGUAGCCUCAGCUAUUCCUCCUCCGCCGCGGACAUGGUCGUCUCCUCCAUCCGCCUCCUCUCCGCCACUAACCCUAGCAAAUCAGCCCCAGCCCCCGCUCCCCUUCAGCCAAUUAACCGCAAUCUCGAUCCAGGAGCAGCUCCUCCCCAUCCUCCUCCUACCACCACCCUCCUGUCCCCGGCGGACCGCCUCCGCGGGGUCUUCCUCCAGAAGCCCCCCGGCCGCGCCGCCCUCCACCGAGCCCUCUCCUCCACGGGCAUCGACGCCCUCUCCCCCGAGGUUCUCUCCGACGUGGUCGGCCGCGGCAACCUCAGCGGCUCCGCCACCGUCGACCUCCUCGACUGGGCCAUCUCCAACGCCAAGCUCCCCUCCUCCGUACACAGCUGCAACAUUGUCAUCAGGGCUCUGGGCAGGAGGAGGUUUUUCGCCUUUUUCGAGCCUGCCCUGGAGGUAAUGCGGAAAAAUGGCAUCUUUCCAGACCUAACCACGCUGCAGAUAAUCAUGGAUACUCUGGUUGCCGCCAGGCAGGUCAACAAGGCCGUCCAACUGCUCGAGAGCGACCAAUUUGGGUUAGGAAUCGAGCAAACUUGCCACAGAAAGGAGGCAUUCUCUGCUCUCAUCGAAUGCCUCUGCCGAAGGUCACAUGUCGGCAUUGCCAACUCGCUCGUACACGCCGCCCGUGGACAACCAUUCAAUCUUGAUAAACAAGUGUACAAUGACGUGCUUGGCGGUUGGGCGAGGUUUGGGCGGGUUGAUAAGCUGGAGCAUUUCUGGGCAAUGAUGAUGGAGGAUGGUCUAGUGCCGGAUGAUGUUUCACAUUGCCAUCUCAUUGAGGCAUUGGGAAGGGCAGGGCAGGCCGAGGAGGCGCUCAGGGUGUUCGAGAAAAUGGUGCAAGAGGGAUAUGGUCCAACUACGAUGGCCUACAAUGCACUUGUUUUCAAUCUUAUCUCAGUGGGCGAUUUGGACAGGUCCAUGAAGUACUACAAGGAUAUGGUGGACAAUAAUUGUCCUCCAAACAGUGACACAUACUGUAAGAUGAUUAGAGCCCAUCUGAAAGCACGCAGGGUGGCUGAUGCACUUCAAAUGUUUGAUGAGAUGUUGGCUCAAGGUAUUCUGCCAGAUACAGGGGUAAUUACAUCAUUCAUUGAGCCACUUUGCACGUUUGGGCCUCCUCAUGCUGCCUUGAUGAUCUACCAAAAGAGUAGGAAGGCUGGCUGUACGAUAUCCUUGAAAGUAUACAAGCUUCUGCUUGAAAGGCUUGCCAGGUUUGGGAAAAGCGGGACAGUGUUGAACAUUUGGGAGGAGAUGCAAGAGAGCGGGUAUCCAUCCGAUAAAGAAAUUUACGAGUUUAUUGUAAAUGGGCUUUGCAAUGUGGGUAAGGUUGAUGCUGCUGUUUCCGUGGUGGAGGAAUCACUUAGGAAAGGCUUCUGUCUAGGGAGAGUUGUUUAUAGCAAACUGAACGACAGGCUACUGGAGAUGGACAAAGUGGAGACUGCAUACAAUUUGUCAAAGAAAAUCAAACAUGGGCGCACAAUUGCUAAUUCACGCAACUAUUGUCGUGCUAAUGGUUGGCACUUGUGAUUUGUGAACAUACUUGGUUGGCGCGCAACUAUUUGUUAUGCUGGUCAAAGCAGUUCCAUAUGGGUUUAAAAGUACCCUCAUUUGCAUUCUGCGGAAAAUUUGGCAAAGGCAAAACGUUCUGUAACUACCUAUGCCUUUUGUCUUCACAUGAUGUAGGCUGCUGAUUACAAUGAAGAUGCAAUCAUGGAUUCAGGAGAUAACUGCCAAGAACUGUUGCUAUCAGGUAUGAGGACUGAUAUAUCACGUGAGGUCAAAGAAGAGAAGUGCUUAUUACACAAGAAGAAAAUGAAAAGACAGGACAUUUUAUUAUAGUAAUGAUGAAAUCCGGGGGGCUUGCAACCACGGAAUGAAAUGAAAUCCCAUACGAUAAAUCCUCCUCUGUGGUUUGUUACUUUGUCAGGUGCUAUUUUCGAGCAAGGUAUCAGCAGAUACUGCGCUUGAACACAAUUGCUAGCAAAGAGUAAAGAGGAUGAAAUGUACAUUCAGUCACUAUUGUUUCCAUGUUAUUUAAAGCCUCGGGUAUAUGAAAUGAAUACUACUCCCACCAUCCCACAAUAUAAGAUCAUUUUUCAAGCUAACAUAGCUUGAAAAGCGAUCUUAUAUUGUGGGACGGAGGGAGUAGUAGUUAUCCAUCUUAGUUUUGUGCAUUUUUGUUAGUUAAAAAAUGUGAGUUUUGCAGUUAGUCAACCUGUCUCUGUUAUCUUCUGAUGAUAUUUGGCAGCUAUGGAUAGAAAUGCAUAUUCCAGUUUUGAACUUUUGAUAGCUAUUAACGUUUACAAGGUAGUUCAUUGCUAGCUAAAUUCUGGUUAGUAAUUGUCUGUGUCCGCCUCCUGCUGGAAUUUGGUUGUGUUUGGCUGGGACUGGGACAGGUUUAGUUGCACUGCAACUGUAUGUCAUAUUUGAUAUGUGUAUCCUUUUUUCCCCUGAGGUUUAGCUGUUGAAAAUCCCUUCAGAUGUUCAAUGAUGCGCUGGGGAAAAAGGGAUGAAGAAAGAUGUGUGUGGCUGUCAGAAAGAAGUAUUUGCACAAACAUAUUAUAACUUGUGUGUUAAUGAAAUUUUGGGUUUUCAAAUCGGAACCAAAAACUAACCCGUACUUAUUAUCUUUAGACUUUUUUGGAAUUUGCAGAAAAAAAUUUAGUGUGUGUGUGUGUUCCGUUUUCACUUUUUGGGGACUUCUGACUUCAUAAUGAACUUUUCCCCUUUUCCCCUUUUCUGUGGAUGUAUGUAUGCUGCUUAAUUCCUGUAUGUGUGCAUCUUUGUCCUAUCAAGAUUCUCUGUUUGUUCCUGUAAACAAGUGGUCUUAGUUUGAUCUGAAUCUGGGUUAUUUAUAUAUAUUAACAAUUUGGCAUGUUCCACUUGCUGAUCUGUGAAGGUCCUCAACUUCUUGUCGCCUGGGAUCAUUUGAUAUUUGGAUCCUUCCAUCAGAGGAAGAAGGCACAUUACGAAGAUUAGGCCCCUUUCAGAUCUUCUACUUGUACCAGUUUUGUUAGGGUGCUACUGAUUUGACGCGAGAGCUAAAGACGACUUGGCGGCACACAAACUUGGAAGUGUCGAUGAAAUAAUCUCUGCUGUUUCGAGAUAUAUUGUUGUCCUCGAGAUAUUUAUGGCUGACCAGUUUAUUUAGAUUAAGCUAUAAUGUUACCUGGUGCAUUUGAUCAUUUUGUUUCAGAGACACGUGAGGAAAUUUUGCUGAAAAUAAUCUGCAUAUACUUUCAAAGCCAAGCCAUAUGAAUUACUUUUGGACCAAUUUAUUUCUAUCAAAUUAUGUAACCUAUGCUUGGCGUAUGCGAGACAAUUUAUUCUGAUCAAUAUAUACUAUGAUGCCUUUUGAUA